UGUAUAAAAUUUCAGAAAUCAGUCGCUUAUGAUAAAAUUAGAAUUUCUUUCUAAUAACCCCGAUUUAAUUCUUACUAGAGCAGAUAAGGGCAACACUACUGUCGCCAUGAAUCGUCUUGACUAUAAAAAUAAAAUGACUGCAUUACUGUCAGACGAAGAUACAUACAAAAAAAUUGCCAAAGAUCCUAUCCGACAAAUAACAAGCAAGUCGAGGUUGCUUCUUGCGAGAUGGAGAGAUUCUGAUUAUAUAUCCAAUGUAAAAUACAGAACACUUUAUUGUAGUGAUGGGACACUCCCGAGAGCCUAUGGGUUGCCAAAGCUGCAUAAAGUCGGUUACCCUCUACGAAUUAUUAUAUCCUCCAUUGACAGUCCACUGUAUGAUCUUGCGAGUUAUUUGCACACGACAAUAUCCAAGAGCGUACCGGAGGCAAACAGCCACGUUAGUGACAGUUUUCAAUUGGUGAAUAAGCUUUCCGGUGCACAGCUUGAUGAUAACUUUAUUCUUAUUUCUCUCGAUGUGGUAUCCCUUUUUACUAAUAUACCAAUCGAGUUAGCCAUUAACAGUAUCUCUAAUAGAUGGGAAUAUAUCUCAAAAAAUUGCAAGAUUCCUAAAGCCGAAUUUCUGAAUGCCGUACGCUUCGUCUUAAAAUCAACGUAUUUUAAAUUUGACGAUAUUACAUACAAACAAAACUUUGGCACGCCCAUGGGCUCUCCUUUGUCUCCUAUCAUCGCGGACCUGGUGCUGCAGGAUCUUGAGACGGAGGUGCUAAGUGCAUUGGAUUUCCAAGUACCCUUCUUUCUUCGAUAUGUUGAUGAUAUCGCCACGGCGGUUCCUCGAGACAUGGUGAAUUUUACAUUAGAUAAAUUUAACUCAUUCCACCCGAGAUUACAAUUCACCAUUGAAAUUGGAAACGAAAGGUUGAAUUUUUUGGACACCACUAUCAUCCUGAACGAAAAAACUGUUGAGUUUGAUUGGUAUCACAAGCCAACUUUUUCGGGGCGAUACCUUAAUUUCCACUCUUGGCACCCUGUCUCACAGAAACGCGGCGUUGUCAUAUGUCUUGUCGACCGAGUUUUUCUUUUGUCCCACCCAAAAUAUCACAGGAAGAACUUGGAAUUCACCGUCAGCAUCCUUUUAGAAAAUGACUAUCCUCUUGACUUUAUUUUUAAAAUCAUUCGAGAACGACUCAGAUGCCUUUUCGUGGGGAGAUCAAAAAAACAGUUACUUGACAAUACAUCUGAAGAAUUUAAAAAAAUCUCUUGGUUCACCGUUCCGUAUGUUCCCUCAAUUUCAGAAAGAUUCAUAAAUAUUUUUAGAAAUUCCAAUUCAAAAACCGCUUUUUAUAGUUUAAAUAAAUUGAGUAGAUUCAUUAAGGUUCAAAAAGAUACUCUUCCAAUCUCUUCCUGUAAGGACGUUGUUUACAAGAUCUCAUGUCGUGAUUGCGAUGCGUCUUAUGUCGGACAAACUGGCAGACAAGUUAAAACCCGCAUUUCAGAACACCGUAACCAUAUUCGCAGAAACGUCUCUUCUCAGUCCGUUAUCACUGACCACAGGAUUGAGUGCGGUCAUGAUUUCGACUGGGAUGGCGUUAAGGUUCUCGAUCAUGAGAAAUUUUAUCAUAAGCGACUGAUUUCUGAAAUUUUAUACAUUAAACAACAAUGUAACGGGCUCAAUUUACAAUCUGACACGGAUUUCUUACACCACGCAUAUUUAUCUAUUGUCGACAGUUUAUAGCUUGUUUUGCUAUCUAUUUAUCCUCAUCUGUAUGUUUGUUUAUCUCUCCGGAUAUCUGUUCGUACCGGCAGCACCAGGUCCCUUCUCAUUUUAAGUUUGACCGUUGUACAGACAAGACGUUCUCGAUUUGUCUCAAUUUCAAUUACUUAUUUAUUUACGCCUUUUGACAUGUGGUUAUUUGCGCUGACAAAAUUCUUUUGUACAUGGACAACUACUGACGUUGAGUCCGAAUCAUGUUCCGAUUUUCGAGCCUAACAACUCGUAUAAGCGUUACAUCUUCCGGAUGAGGAAGCCCUUCACCUCAACCUCAGCUGCGCCUUCGAAUUGUUACUGAAGAUGGCUCGAAGAAUGAGCCGAAACGUUUAAUAAUAAAUUAUGUACAUCUGAAAUCUUUACAGAUUAUUUACUUUUGCGCACCGUCUACCGCGCUUGACUCGUAUUCGCCGCCUUUGUUACUAUUAUUACCUAUUUCACGAGUCUUAUUCCUUUAACUUAAAUAACAAAUAAUGCUACAAAAAAAAGUAAAUUCCACUGAGUGAACGCGAAAGACAGAUUUAUUAAGCCAUACAGAAUGCCGUUAAUCAAAUAUUCGAAGUUUCUAACACAAAUAAAAAUGUAGAACUAUUUGCAAAACGGUAAUGGAAAAUUUGAUAAGAAUCUAUCGAACUAGUACAUUUACAUUCCAGAAAUUAAUUUGGAAGAGAGCAUUCAACGAGUCACUUAUUUAAUUAGUAAUACUUCUGUAAAUAACCGAUCCUUAUGUUAUCUGUUGGAUAUGAAACCACAUGGCCAUAAAUUUUAAAAAAUAAUUUUGCGUAUUCCAAUUGUGACUAAUAAUAUUUAGGAAUUCAGCUUUAAUAUAAAAAACUCACUAUUCAAAGAUAAAGACAGCAAGUAAAAAAUAAAACAUUUUAAGAAUGUAUCACUC